AUGGAAGCGAUCAAAUCAAUGAAUCACAAAAAAGCACCUGGACCAGACCAUCUCACAUCUGACAUAUGUCAGCACUUUAUUGAAACGUAUCCCACACAAGUCACUAACCUCUUCAACAGGUGCAUGCAUCUUUCACACUUUCCUACCUCCUGGAAAACAGCUUUUAUAAAAACAAUCCCCAAGCCAAAUAAACAAGAUUACAACGACAUAUCAUCAUACAGACCCAUUGGACUUAUCAAUGUUUUUGGCAAACUCUUAGAAAAGUUAAUAGCUAAAAGAUUAUCAUAUUACAUGUACAUUAAUAAUACAGCAAAUGAUAGACAAUACGGAUUUAAAGAACAAAAGACCACUACGGAUGCAUUACGAGAUGCAAUAAACCAUAUGAAGCAAGCAAAGGCACAAAAUAAACUAGUAGCCGCAAUCUCACUCGACAUAGAAGGCGCUUUCAAUCAUGCAUGGUGGCCAGCACUCCUAUAUAGAUUAAAAAAAACUAAAAUGCCCAAGAAACCUGUACAGAAUUAUUCAAAGUUAUAUUGA